ACCUUCGUGGGUCGCGCCGGAUAAGGUGGGCUUUGGGCGGGUUGCUGCUGCAGCGGCGCUUCCUAGUGGUCAGGGCGCCAUGGCGCUGCGCUGGCUGCAGCGCGUCGAGCUUGCGCUCUUUGCUGCCGCUUUCCUGUGCGGGGCCGUGGCGGCCGCGGCGCUGACUCGGACCCAGGGCUCCUUCAGUGGUAGAUGUCCCCUGUAUGGUGUGGCCACCCUGAAUGGCUCCUCCCUGGCCUUAUCCCGUCCCUCAGCACCAUCCCUGUGCUACUUUGUAGCUGGGGCCUCUGGCCUCUUGGCCCUCUACUGCCUCCUGCUUCUGCUCUUCUGGAUCUACAGCAGCUGCAUCGAGGACUCCCACAGAGGUGCUAUAGGGCUGUGCAUUGCACUGGCCAUCUCAGCUAUAGCCAUCUUCCUGGUCUUGGUGUCUGCCUGUAUCCUUCGAUUUGGCACCAGGUCUCUCUGCAACUCCAUCAUCUCCUUGAACACUACAAUUAGCUGUUCUGAAGCCCAGAAAAUUCCAUGGACACCCCCUGGAACUGCUCUGCAGUUUUACUCCAACCUACACAAUGCUGAAACCUCUUCUUGGGUGAAUUUGGUAUUGUGGUGUGUGGUCUUGGUGCUCCAGGUCGUGCAGUGGAAGUCUGAAGCCACCCCAUACCGGCCUCUGGAGAGGGGUGACCCUGAGUGGAGCUCUGAGACAGAUGCUCUCGUUGGGUCACGCCUUUCCCAUUCCUGAAGAAUAACCAGAGUGCUUCCUGCAGCCGAAGACUCCAUGCCCAAGUGCCUGUAAUCCUCUUUCCCCCACAAGGCCCUGUUUAUGUUGGGAGUCUUAGUUUUCCUUUCGGCGGGGGGUGGUGGGGGAACGUAAUGACAGAUGACAGGCCCCCCCUCCACCUCUUCCUACAGCUGUUUUUGUACCAAAAUAUUAUAUUACUGUCUUCAUCUUA